AUGCGCCCUUUCUCUCUUGCAUCCAUUCCUCGAGCUACUCGCAUCACCACUCGAAUUAACCCGUUUUUCAUUCAACCUCGCAACUUUUCCUUCACACAAGUAACAAUGGGUGUUGAUAAGAAGAUCAUCAGCGAGGGCAAUGGUCCUUCUCCCGUCAAGGGCCAGAAGGUCACCAUGGAGUACACUGGCUGGCUCGCAAACGCCGACGGUUCUAAGGGCACACAGUUCGAUAGCUCCGUCGGCCGUGGUGACUUCGUUGUUCCCAUUGGUGUUGGCAAGGUUAUCAAGGGCUGGGACGAGGGUGUCGUCGAUAUGAAGCUCGGCGAGAAGGCUACUCUCACCAUCACUCCUGACUACGGCUACGGUGCUCCAGGCUUCCCCGGUGCCAUUCCCCCUAACUCCACUCUUAUCUUCGAUGUCGAGCUCAAGAAGAUCCAGUAA